UUUUUAUUUCUGCCUUUGCUGGCUGCUCGGGCGAUUCUCGAUAUCGAUUACACGGUAGUAAUACACAGUAUUAAUAGAUACUCCCACUAUCUCGAUAGACUAUAUAUAUAA